CUCCUGCUCCAGUGGAUUUGACAGGAGCCAACAGUUCAGCACAACACCACUUUCAGGAAACUAUAAGUUAGGUGUCGGACCUGUAACUUGUAGUAGAAGUUAGACAUAUUCACGUUGAGUUAAAACAUACAACUGUUGAAUAACCACAGUAUUGAUACAUGUGUAGGUAGACGGUGAUAAUGUUGGACCCUGCGGGAGGAUGAUGAAGAAGAGAUUGUGGCGAGUUAUGUCAGCGUGCCUUCUUGUGUUAUUACUGUGUUGGCACCCCACUAAAUAUGUUAGCUGCACAGAGCAACCCCCAGAGGCUCAGACCCAGAGUCUGAAGGAAGAUCCUGGCGACAUGUCCCAUCACAAGGGUGUUGUUCAGUUAGAGGAUGGCUGGGGGUCACAGUAUGUCCAGCACCUAUCUGAAGAGGAGGUGCUGCCAGAGGGAGAGGAGGUGGAGACACAGCAGCGGGGCCUAGCAGAGGAGGAGGGGGCGGGGACUCCAAGCACUGAGGUGGAGAACAAGGAGCAUGUUCAGACGUUGGACCUGGAGGAUUCUGAGAAGGAGCCAGAGACAGCAGAACCAGAGGCCGAGCCAGAGACAGCAGAACCAGAGGCCGAGCCAGAGACAGCAGAACCAGAGACAGCAGAACCAGAGGCCGAGCCAGAGACAGCAGAACCAGAGGCCGAGCAGCCACCUCCAGAGCCCGUUGUCACCCAAGAGCUGCAGCCAACACCCACCUCUGACCUAUUCCCUCUAUCCUCUGCCCUGAACCCCGUCACUGAAGACCCCUCCAUGCCCCAUGGCUCAUCCUCUAGUGUACCAGAGGAUACUUUGUCUGAUGUCCCUGUACCGGAAUUCAGCGAUACUGAUCUUGCCACAGACGACUGUGAAGCUGGAGAAACCAACCCCUUUGAUGAAUCCUGGACCUGCCUGAGUAGCGGCUCCAACAUCCAGGACCAGAGUCCCAGUCUUCCUGUUGUCCUGGAGAAACUUAACAACGCUCAAGGAAAAGGCACCAAGACCGACAACACCUCCCACAUGCUGAAAGAACAGGGCUUGAGCUCACACAUCGCCACGGAGAAGGAUCCUAAUGUGGCAACCAAGGAUGCGGAGGACAUCCCCACCUUUGACGAGUGGAAGAAGAAAAUUAUGGAGAAGGAGAACACUCUGGCCACUCACAUCUCCACCAACGGCGGCUCCCACGCUGUAAAGAAGGUGCAGAAGAACUUCAACAACUAUGCCUCAGUGGAGUGUGGCGCCAAGAUCCUGGGUUCUAACCCAGAGGCUAAGAGUACUUCAGCCAUAUUAAUGGAGAGCAUGGAUCAUUACAUGUUAAACCCCUGCAGCAACAAGAUCUGGUUCAUCAUCGAGCUGUGUGAUCCCAUCCAGGUGAAGCAGUUGGACAUUGCUAACUUUGAGCUCUUCUCCUCCACACCCAAAGACUUCUUGGUCUCCAUCAGUGACAGGUACCCGACCAACAAGUGGGUGAAGCUGGGCACUUUUCAUGCUCGGGAGGAGCGCACUGUUCAGAGUUUCCCUCUGGACGAGCACCUGUACGCCAAAUAUGUCAAGAUGUUCACCAAGUACAUAAAGGUGGAGCUGGUCUCUCACCAUGGAUCUGAACACUUCUGCCCCCUUAGUCUCAUAAGGGUUUUUGGAACGAGUAUGGUGGAGGAGUAUGAGGAGAUCGCUGACCCCCUGGACAGACCAGACGACCAGGAUGACGACCUCGAUUAUCCUCCUGGAUACGUUCCUGCAGAGGACAAGGCUUCAAAUGACCUCAUAGGAUCAGCCAAGGACGUCAUUCUGAACAUGGUGAACAACAUUAAAGUCAACGUGCUGGGGGGAGGACUAGGUGAAGGGAACUUCUCAGGCCAGACAGUGAACCUGACUGUCGUUACAUCAUCUGAUCCUGACACCACCACCACCCUCAGCCCAGUGUCUGACGCUGUAGAGGUGGAGCAGCCUGAAGUACUAGAGGACCCUGAUGUCACUACCACAGAGGAACCCAAACCAGAGCAUGUAACUGAAGAGGAGCAGGUAGUCUCUCCUAUAGAGGAUGAGGAGGUCCAGUCUAUAGUCACCAUGCUGGAGGAGGAAGAGGAUGGGAGGGAGAGAGAGGAGCACCGUUGCCCUGGCCAUCGAGAGAAAGAAAGCCUUGACUAUUGUGGCCCAUCUUCCUCCUCUUCUUGCUCCUGCUCAGCCUCCCUCCAGGAGUACCUCGUUCACCAGUGUUCCUUUCAGAGAAACUAUACCAGCCAGGAGAGGAAACCAGAGGCUACUCCAGCUCCAGUCACCCCCACCACCCUGUCACAGCAGCUGCCCAUCUCCCCCACGCCCACCCAGACACCCCAGCAUUCACACACUCAGGGGGAACAACCCCAGGAGAGAGAGCCCAGCUCUGCCCAUGGGGAGAGAGAAGCCAGGCCCACUGACACCCCACCACACCUUCCAUGGGUUGAGACUGAGGCAGUGGAAGAGGUAGAGCCCAGUAUGGAGCUGCCCCACCUAGAGCCCAGCCAGACCUCCACCCUGCUCAGACCCAGCUCCACCGACACCUCCAGCUCUGCCGCCAGGCCCACACCUGCCGUGGCGCCUCCACUCCACACCUUAUCCAAAGACCUGCCUGGGCAGAAGCACCCCAUCACUGGGGCAGAGAAAAGCCAGGAGGUGCAGCAGGGGGAGAUCAGGCAGCCUCCCACUGUCGCCAGCUCCAGUGACCCAGUGGAGCAGAGCUGGGGAACCCCUGUAGAGGAGAGGCCCUGUCCUGAAGUCCAGCCUGUAGAACAAGACAACAUCCCGGUCAUCCACCAACCACAUGUGGCUGAUCCACCCCUCCUCACUACCUCCACCCCCACAGAGCAGCAACAGUCUCUGGGAUCCCCACUUAAACCAGCAGGUGCCGGCGGCGGCAACACUACUCCUGAGGAGCAGAACUCUGUCCCCGUCGUGGUCAUGACGGAGCCCCCCUCGCAUGGCCAUGGCCAGGCCAUGGGGGAGGCGGAGCUUGUGGAGGACAUUGUCUUCACCCCGUCGCCCAAUGGCAACGGGCAGCAGCUGCCUCACCCCACCUCCUUCCAGCCCCCCUCUCCUUCCCCUUUAGACUUCUAUGCAGAGCUCCACAACGCCACGGAGCAGGGGAACGGGAACCCGAUGCACGGCUCCACCAGCCAGAAGGAGUCUGUGUUCAUGAGGCUCAACAACCGAAUCAAGGCCCUGGAGAUGAACAUGUCGCUGAGCGGACGCUACCUAGAGCAACUCAGCCAGAGGUACCGAAGGCAGAUGGAAGAGAUGCAGAGGGCUUUCAACCAAACCAUCAUCAAACUGCAGAACACAUCCAGGAAGGCAGAGGAGCAGGACCAGAGACAGACAGAGUCCAUCCAUUCGUUGCAGGGCCAACUGGAGGACGUCACACAGCUAGUGCUCAACCUGUCUGUGAGAGUCAGCCAGCUGCAGAGCCAGGUGACCGACAGGCAGAGUUACCUCCUGCUGUGCCUGGUGUUGUGUUUGAUCCUGGGCCUGCUGCUGUGUUUCCAGCACUGUCGCAUGGCUGCCAUGCAGCCUCCCUCCACAGACCCUCCUAUAACCUACAGCUACUGCUCCCCGGAGAGGCGGUUCUCUGAAUAUGAAGACAUGAGCUUGAAGAGACGGGCCUCAUAUCCUCUCCUGCACUCUGAUUCCUUCCAGUUACCUACCACUGAAGGUGCAGAGUCACUGCAAACUGUUGAACCAAUCAAUUUUCCACCAGCUAAUAAAAAGAAACGCAGUAAGAUGAAGACCGUGGAGACCCUGAAGAGCACUGCUUCCUGUUCUCCUUUGCUUGCUAACCGAGCACCCAUAUAUAAUGGCCAUGGCACCAUAGACCCUCUACCCCGCACGGGGCAUCUCCGCCACCCUGCCUUCAGGGACCCCCCCUCUGAGGGCAGCUCCGAGGGCUCCUCCCAGUCAGACGAGCCCUCCUUCUGUGGCCUCGCUGCUGCCACCUGCACGCGCCUCUGUGACGGCCUGCCCCCGCCCAGGAACAGGGCAGAGAAGCUGGCUUUCAAGCCUGGGCGCGUGGAUCUCCUGCAGGGCCCGCGGAGAGACAGUAGCGAAGCUACACCCACCAUCCUUACCCUGCAGGACCUCAUCGGGGGGGAAAAAGAGCUAGCUGCAGGGAGGCUGGGAGUGAUGGCGCUCUGAGGUCCCGUCUGACACAGACUGCUCCUCCUUCAGACUCUGGAACACUCAUCCUCUGAAAGGAGGGUUGUUGUUAUCUCUGUAUACAUAGGAGGCUUUAGGCUAGUACACAAAUGAGACAAUCCCUCUUCUUCCACCUCCUAACCAGCAUGUUAUGUUCUGUCCAUGUUCUCUGUCAAACCUUUUGUCAGGCUCUUUGUUAUGAGGUUAAUAAUGACAACCAUAAAAGAUAAGUUCACUUUUUUUAACCAAAUCUGUAUUUUGGAUGUAAAUGGCAUGUUCUAGAAUAAAACAUGAACAAAAAUGUUAUAUUUAAUUUUGUGCGACUCAAGCAGUUUCCCCGAUCCAUCUGUGCUUAUUGUCCGUGUAGCCCGAGCAUGCGCACCCAGAAAAGUAUCAUGGGCUACACGGAGAAAUAUCGCUCGAGUCGCACAAUAUGAAAUAUGUUUCCUGUUUCAAGAAUGGUUCUCAUUUUCUGAAGUUGAAAACAAUUUAUUAUAUUAGGGAUAAAUGGGCCCUAUCAAAGCUAUUUGACUACAGUAAAAGUCAGCAACACCUGCUAUGACCUAGCUUUUUGUUAGAAUUUGUUUUGUAAUUUAUGGACGAGUGAGUAGAUUGUACCAUGGUUGGACACCUGCAAUUUAAUGCAAAUGUCACUUAAAUAUAAAUCGUUAAUAUAUUUAUCAUAUCAUGAAUAAAUGCAGGUUGAGACUUUUCUACUA